CUCAUUACUCCAAUAUGGUUGACCAUAUCCAUUCUUCUUUGCGCUGUCCCUCAGCGACCCAUGUCACUAUCAGGUUUUUAUGUGUGGUUUUAAGCUCCUCGACGUCAAGGAGAAAAAGCUCGUACUGGAUGGAGGUCUGUUUGGGAUGAGCAGCAAACAGAAACCUUCCAAAUCAGAUAACAAACCUAUUGUUGCUUCCCAUCAAAACGAGCCCAAAAAACAAAUUGUGAUCUGUAACCAAGGCCUCAUUUAUAAUGUCCGAGUUCCACGUGAGGAGGUGCGUGAAGAUCCAAUAAGUCUUUCAGCUUCUGAGUACGAGAGAAUCCUCGCAAGAGCCAGGGACCCAAGUUUCUUGGCGAAGGAGGCGGCGGCUUCUCAAAAGAAAAAAGAUGAAAUUAAGGCUGCAGAGGAAAGGAAACGGCAGAUGAUUGAGAAGGACCGUUGCUUUGUUAAACAGGCGGCACAAACUGACAUACAGUCCAAGAAGCAGGACUUUGAACGUUAUCAACACAUGCGGUGUAAAGCCCAAAUGGAAAAGGACAAUCAGAUUCUAAAGCUGGACACGUGUAUUGAGCGUUGUAAGAUCCAGGCUGAGCUAGACACCCAACUUGAAUGGAAAAAGCACUGCGAGGCUGUUGGGUUUUCCAAAGAGAAGGCAGAAUUUGAGCGGCAGCUCAAGUGUCAUCAGGAGAAGCUCAUCAAGCAUGAGGAGAGGGAGAAGAAGCGUAGGGAGGAGGGACGCCUCCAUUUACAGGCAGUACAAGAGCAGAUAUGGGAAAAGGAGCACGCAGCGGCUGCCAGGCGUCGAGAGAGGCUAAACACGGCUAAACACGUGUCUGACGAGGUUCAGCUCAAAAACAAAUGCAUCGAUGAGCUCAAAGAGGAGAGGCUGAGUGAUCUCAGAGCUUGUGGGAUUCCGGACAAGUACUGUAGUUAUGCAAAGAGGAAGACCGCAGAAGAUGACGCAAAAUCGAAGAAUUUCCAGUACCAUGCACAAUGAUCUAUGACCAACAUGGAGCAAUUUCCAUUUGACGGACCAAGGUGCACACAGCACCAAGAACCAGUUUGCGGACAAGGCAGCUACAAGCAUGGUUCCGAAGUUGACAAAUGACUGCAAGUUUGUAAACAAUGGCUGCCAUAAUGGCAGUUUUAUCAAACCUGGAUAACAGUCCUUCAUCACAAGAAGACCAAAGACCCAUUAAAGUACAGUAUUAUCUUGAUUCAAUUGAUGUUUUUCUCUUCUGCUGACUCGUAUCAGCAGUACAGGCUGCUUGGAGGGAUAGGCUACUAACAUAUUAUUGAUUGAUGGAUCGUUCUAAAUUGUGUGUGUAGAAUUGAGCCUCAAGUGAUCUUUACAUGAAAUCAACAGGCAAAAUCCAUGCAGACCACCUCAACGGCAACUCUUCCAGACACCAUUAUUCUGCUCGAUACAACACUGGAAUCAAAACAGAAUCAGAACAUUUAGAGAUUUUCCCAUCCCAUUAGAAGUACAAUAAAAGCAAUUAUUGAUUGUAAAUGUAUGCCACAAUAGGGUAGGUCAAUAAAAUUUUGUACGACGCCCACCCCUACUUGCUUUUAAUGCUGGUGCUAGGUAGUGUAGUAAUAGUACGUAGUACUACAUGUUUACCUGUGCAUCUGAUUGGCCUGUAGUGGAUGUAGUUAACAGAGCCUUUGUACAAUCACACUGACA